AUGAGAAAAGGAAAGUUGCUUUCGGAAUUCGAGAAAGGUCAAAUCCUCGCGAAGAAGGACAGGGACUGUCGAAUAGUAGAAUCGCGCAAGGUUUGGGUCGGUGUCACGCAGUUGUGGAUAAUUUCAUCAGGAAUCCUGAAGCCUAUGGAACCAGAAGAAGUGCUGGACGUCCUUCGCUCCUUUCCGACAGAGACAAGCGCCGUAUUUUGA